GGGUGAAGCAUUUCCUUUUUCCAUCUGCAUCUCUGACAGAAGAAAACCCUGAAGUCUUGAUGAGUUCAGGGUAAAGAGAAGAAGAACAAGAAGAAGUAAUAUCAGUGGUAGUAGUAGUGGUAGCAUUAGUAGUGGUAGUAGUCGUAGUAGUAGAAGAGUCCUCCUCUGAGUGUGCUGAUGGGGGACCAGUCCUACGCAGCUGUGUCCCGGACAUGAGCAGCAGGCUGACAGUCAUCAUGGAAGGACUUCCUCUGUAGAAGCGGAGCCGCAGUGAUCCGGAGCUUCACCUUCUCCCAGAUCCGCUGUGAGAGCUGCAGACCGCCGCUGCUUCAUCAGAGCAGUUCCGCUGGACUUAAAGCUUCAGUGAUAGAUUUAAAAGUGUGUAUUGGACAUGAGUUCGGCUGGACGGAAUAACGGAGCCUCUGUUAGAAAACAAUUAUCUGGGUGAAGUCGUCGGAAACUCGUCAGGAAGCCCAAUGAGCUGCACACAGUCAACUCUCACUGACAGGACCCCAAACAUUCUGAACAAAGAGCCGACAGACAAGAAACAAAGUAAACAUGAAAAAUCCUCCGUCGCCCACAAACAUGAAUUUGACCCGACAGGUCUGGUGCAGCGCUGUGUGAUCAUCCAGAGAGAUGAGAACGGCUUCGGCCUGACUGUCAGUGGGGACAACCCUGUGUUUGUACAGCUGGUUAAAGAAGAUGGCGCUGCGAUGCGAGCUGGUGUUCAGACAGGAGACAGGAUCAUUAAGGUGAACGGGACCUUAGUGACACAUUCAAACCACAUCGAGGUUGUGAAGCUGAUCAAAUCUGGAUCCUAUGUAGCUCUGACGGUGCUGGGAAGGCCCCCAGGCCUCUCUCAUGUCCGUCUGGAGGAGGAGGAGGAGGAGGAGGAGGAGAAGGAGAAGGAGAAAGGAGCUGAGGUCUCCUCUCUGUCAGCGCCUAACUCACCUGUCCUGUCAGGUGUGGAGCAGAGUGGUCACAUGACCUGCAGCUCCUCCUGCAGCCACCAGGAGGCCACCGGCUCCUCUCUGCCUGAUGGGCAUGAGAGCAGAACCUCAGUCAGUCUGCAGAAGAUGUUAACGAAGGUGCAGCUCGACCUGCAGGUGAAGGAGGACGAGUACAGUCGGAGCCCUCGACCCAAACUGCUGAAGGAGAUCCAGGAAUUGAAGAAGAACAUGUUAGUGCUGCAGGAGCAGAUCAGAGCAGCAGCUGAGGAUGGAGCCUUGGGGUCCAGGAGUCCUGAGGCUGAGGACGGAGAAGCCGGUCCUUCUCUUAAGGAUCACACCUCAUCUUCACAGGGCGACGAUGGGCCGACCACCAACUGCUCUACUCAUUCAGACAUUCCUGUUUGGAGAAGGACGCCCUGUCAGAGUCCAGACAUCAGCCACAGAGACGGACUCAUCUUCAGUCAAUCACCUGAGACCGAGGACACUCCUGACACGGACUCCAGUGUGCAGUGCAUUGUGGGUAGCUCUCCCUACCUCCUCCACCCUCAGAUCAUUGGAGCAGAAGACGACUACUUUGACUCUCAACAGGAGCAGAUUAACGGAGAGUGCAGCUCCUUCCAGAGCGUCGACUUGUUGAAGUCUCGGCCGGCUCAUCUUGCUGUCUUCCUCCAUCAUGUGGUGUCACAGUUUGACCCUGCACCUCUGCUGUGUUAUCUCUACGCUGACAUGCACAAACAGACCAGCUCCAAAGAGAGCCGGCGCUUCUUCAUGGAGUUCCACUCUCUGUUUCUGGACCGAUCAGCCAACCUUAAAGUGCCACUGCCAGAGACGAUUGCAGCCGAGCUGGAGAAGCGGAGGCUGGAGCUGAUUCCAGAGGAGCUGUGUAAACAGUACGCUCAGGUGUUACAGGACACUCUGUUACCGGACCUGCACAGGAACCUGGAGGACUUCAGACAGAAGCGCAGUAUGGGUCUGACUCUGGCUGAAGACGAGCUCUCUAAACUGGACUCUGAAGGAAAAGAGGCUUUAGAGAAGGAAUGCUGCUGCGCUGAACACAUCCUGUCUAAGAUCGAGGAUAUCCUGUUGACGUCUCAGCCCACAGAAGAGGAGAAGUGUCAGGCGAUGCAGUACGUGAUCCUCACCUAUAUGAAGCACCUCGGGGUGAAGGUCAGGGAGCCUCGAGGACUCGAACAUAAACGAGCUCGUAUCAACUUCCUGCCCAAGAUUAAGAAGAGCAUCAAGCCUGAGAAGGAGGGUGAGGAAAAGGUGAAGAAGCCUCGAUUUCCCAGCAUCCUUGGCCCGCCGCGACGCCUGAGCAGAGUGGACUCCACUUCAGUGGGUAAGGCAGUGGAGCUGAACAAGCAGCGCUCUCCGAAGCAGCUCCCUCAGCCGACCUUCGCGUCUGAUCAGUCGGACUCUUCUUCAUCGAGUUCUGGUCGGACUCGUGGAACCCAGCUGAGUGAAGGACCAGACAGCAGCAGCCAGGUUCCAGUUCCCACCACGUCCCCCACACACAGCUCGCCCAGUGGACAGACCUCGGACACCAGUGGACAGGACUCAGAUCCCAAUGUCUCUCCGUUCUGCCUCCAGUCCAGGCCAGCUGAGGGUCUACAGUCUGGAGACCAUCAGGAUCGGGUCUCCAGUCCCACCCAGUUCGACUUCAGUCCCUCUAACCUGGAGCAGCUGCAGGAGGAAGACCAGGAGACCUUCAGCGUCUGUCCCUCGGCCUGUGUCCGUCCGUCCUUCAGCAGGAUGGAGGUUCAGUGUGCAGCGUCUCCAGCUGACGUCCAGAGUGAAGACGACCAAUCAGGAGAGGUGGAGGCUGAAGAAGAUCCUCUGAACUGGCAGAGUCUGGUCAGCAGAGGAGUCCUGGACAGUUUAACACCUCAGGAGAUCAAACGGCAGGAAGUCAUCAACGAGCUGUUCUACACUGAGCGCGCUCACCUGAGGACGCUGAAGGUGUUGGACUGUGUUUUCUACCAGAGGCUGAACAGAGACGCCAUCCUGCCUCCAGAGGACAUCAAGAGCAUCUUCAUCAACCUGGAGGAGAUCAUCCAGCUGCACGUUUCAGUCACAGAGCAGAUGACCUCCAUCAGGAGGAGGAGUGAGACGUCAGUGAUUGGACAGAUUGCUGAUGAUCUGCUGGCCUGGUUCAGCGGUGAUGAAGAGGAGAAGAUAAAGCGGGCCGUGGGAACGUUCUGCAGUAACCAGCCGUCUGCACUGGAGCUCAUCAAGAGCCGAAAGAAGAAAGACCAGAAAUUCUGUUUGUUUAUGCAGGAGGCUGAGAGUAACCGCCGGUGUCGCCGGCUGCAGCUCAAAGACAUCAUUCCUGUUGAGAUGCAGAGAUUCACUAAGUACCCUCUGCUGCUGGACAACAUCGCCAAGUACACAGCAGACGGAGAGGAGAAGGAGAAGGUGAAGAGAGCAGGAGAGUGCUGCAAAAAGAUCCUGAACCACGUCAACCAGGCCGUCAAAGAGGCUGAGAACAAACAGAGGCUGGAGGAGUACCAGAGGAGGUUGGACAUGUCAUCACUGAAGCAGAUUGAAAAUCCUCUGAUCCUUGAGCUCAAGAAUCUGGAUCUGACCAAGAGGAAGAUGGUGCACGAGGGACCUCUGUCCUGGAAGGUCAAUAAAGACAAGACCAUUGAGCUCUACACCAUCCUGCUGGAGGACAUCUUGGUGUUGCUGCAGAAACAAGAUGAGCGUCUCAUUCUCAAGUUUCACGGGAAGAACGUGGCGAGCGCCGCCGACAGCAAACACACCUUCAGCCCCGUCAUCAAGCUGAACACGGUUCUGGUCCGUCCCGUGGCCACAGACAACAAGUCGUUCUUCGUGCUGUCCAUGUCAGAAAACGGAGCUCAGAUCUACGAGCUGAUGGCUCAGACGGUCUCCGACCAGAGGACGUGGCAGCGUCUCAUCACUCAGUGUGCCGACACCAUGAAGGCCAAACCUCAGCACACACACACACACACAGCUGCAGCGCCAUCUGACGCUGACAGAGACUCCAUCGACAUCAUCAAACACAGCUUACCAAAGACGAGCAAAGAUCCCAGUGAGAUGACAGGAGGCGUCACUCCUUCAGAUAAAGACAUCACCUCCUUUCCAGACAGUCACACUGCGCCCAGUCUCAACCCGUUUGACGGCCUGAAAUCAGAAGACGAGGAGGACGAAGGUGAAGCAGACAGACAGGAGGAGGAGGAGGAUGAAGAGGUGGAUGAAGCAGAGCUGGAGGCGUUUCUGGAUGGGCAGCUGACAGAGACUCUGUCCCAGCAGGACGUGUUCAUUGAAGACAGUCUGUCCUCUAAAGGUGAAGAGGCUCUCAGGACAUUGUCCAUGCUGAAGCAGGCUCUGUUCAGCCACCUAAUGAGCGGAGAGACAGAGGAGGACAAGGAGGACAACAGGCAGAGUGGCUCCCCUGAGCGACGGCCGUCCAGGAGCCCUGAGGGGCCCUCAGCUGCGUCUGACGAGAGCCCGGUCAGGGACGACCUUCAGCUUCAGCCGGGACACAGCGAGCUGUCAGAGACACCCCAACGCAAUGGAGGUUUUGUGGUUCUGGAUUUGGGUGGAGGGUCUGAGGAGAGCUGCACUGACGAUGAUGGAGGAACAGGAAGUGACAUCGACAUGAGGAAGCUGCUGUCCUCCUCCUCACAGUCGGGGGGCAGCGGAGGGCCCAACCUCAGCAGACAGCUGAUGACUCACCUGCGCCUCCUGCAGGCCGACCUGACGUACCUGAAGGAGGUGGAGAUGAAGUACAACGAGCUGCGACAGACACACAGCGACCCUCCCACUGACUCAGAUGACCCUGACGGGAUCCAGUGAUGAAGGUCGUCCUGCUGUCUCUGCGUCAGAGCCACCCAACACUAAACUCUGACGUCGUCCAGUAACAGGAGCUUCAUGUCUGAGUUAGUCUGAUGUCAGCGGACAAUGUUUUCAGCAUCAGCAGGACUGUCCCACUGUAAAGACUGCUCAGAGAGGCGCUGUGGGCCGUUCGCUCACUUUUUUUGUUGUUGUAAUAUUAUUAAUAUGAUGUGAAACACUGGAGACGUGAUGAGGAGAGACUGUGAGGUCACACAGCAGAGACACAUGAAGACAUGAAGAGAGUUAGCAGGAUGUCCUCUUAGCAUCUGCAGCUGGAUCAUCUCCCUCAGGACAUGCUGCUGUUUGAUUCAUAUUAAAGUCUGCGGUUCUGGUUCAGCUCAGCCCACUCGAACACACUUCAUUAUCCUCUAGCAGCAGCUGGUAAAUCUCCUCUCAGCACACAGAUCGUGUGUCAGCAUCACUCACAGAAACAUCCAUUCAUACAGUUCAAAAAUAUUUUAUGUUCUUUAUUUGUCUUUAGCCUAGCUUAGCAUAAAACUGGAGCUGAGCAAAAACAGCUAACCUGACCACAGUAACAGCUGACAGCACCUUUAAAGUCCACUGACACUUUGUUUGAUCAGAACACAAACAGAACUGUAAAAUGACACGCAGAGGCGCUGGACAGACUCUCUGAAACCGUCUUCACAUUUAUGUUUCUGUACGUUAGUGUCAAUUAAUGUUAAUCGUGAGCUUCAGAGGCCUUUUAUAGCGUGCGUUUUCAAAGGCUAGCUCUUUCCCUUUACUUCCAGUCUUUAUGCUAAGCUAAGCUAACUGUGCACCCAAUGCAUGUUUAACUUUAAGCUCCCGAAUAAAUCCAUUUAAAAUAGUUAUCAGAAGUUUUAGACAGCCUGAACAUCAUGACAACAGAUUUACAAUGAAAAAUAGUCCUUUUAUAAAGUUCAUUCACAGUUUGAC